AUGUCAAGAUCGACCCCGGGGAACGACGUGGAAGUUGAAGGAAGAUUUGUGCUGCUGGAGCUAGGACCCGAUGAGCAAACCAAGAGAUCCAAGGAAGACUUCUAUGUUGGGAGCUGGAGAUGGCAACUAUCCGCAGUCCGAGCGAAUGGGCAUACUUCAGUGACGCUUUCGCCAUCUUCACGAUCUUUUGACAAAUAUGCUGCCGUUGUUUCCCUGAAACUUAUACAUUUUCCUGAAAUUGGACCGGGCGUAGUUCAAAAUCUUGAAGUGGUUAGCGUGCCUCUCAACUGUCCUUGUACAUCGACAGUGACCGAUGAAUGUAAAUCAAGAAGAUGCUUGAUUGACAUCGAGUUUAUCAAAAUGACUAGGCGUGGCAAACCAGAGUCUGUUUUGCGUUCUAGAGAAACGAGGACGUCAAUGGAGCAAGCACAGUCUGGUUUUGCGCGCAUGCUGCGAGAAGGCAUCCUCACCGACAUCACCAUCAACGCCAUUGGUGGCAGCAUCAAGGCCCACCGCGCCGUUCUGGCCGCACGGUCAUCAGUGUUCUUGAGGAUGUUCUCGCACAACCUCAAGGAGAAGAAGCUCUCCACGGUUGACAUCUCCGACAUGUCGAUCGACGCAUGUCAGACCUUCGUCGGCUACCUCUACGGUGUCAUCGCGUCGGAGGACGAGCUGCUCACGCACCGGAGCGAGCUCCUCGCGGCCGGUGACAAGUACGGCAUCGCGGACCUCAAGAAGGCGUGCGAGGAGAGCCUUAGGAGGGACGUGAGCACGGAGAACGUGCUGGAGAGGCUGCAGACGGCACACACCUAUGGACUGCCGGCGCUCAGGAGGACCUGCGUGAGGCUGCUCGUGGACUUCGGGAAGAUGUACGAGAUUCCCAAGGAUUUUGCAGAGUUCAUGGAUACCACGGACCAGGAUCUCAUAGACGAAAUCCGUUCGACUGCAACUCUCAGUGGGAGAAAACUUGCGGCCAGAAAGAAGACUGCAGCUAAAAUUACUAGGCGCCGUAGCUUCUAA